AUGAAGUUCGUUCCCAUCGCUAUCGCCUUCCUCUCCGCCUUCGCCAUGGCCAACCCUACUCCCGAGGGCGAGCUUGAGCGUCGCCAGUGUUCCUGCAAGUGGAUUGGCGAUGAAUAUCUCUGCAUCGGUCCCAAGUGCCCCAGCAAGCGUGAUGAGUCCGCGCUUCUCGAGAGAGACGAUGCUGCCCUUGAGAAGCGUCAAUGCACAUGCAAGAAGGUCGGUGAUGAGUGGAUCUGCACCGGCAAGAAGUGCUACGACAAGCGAUCCAUGGACCUUGAGCUUGGGAAGCGUCAGUGCUCUUGCAAGAAGGUUGCCGGAGAGUGGAUCUGCAGCGGCCGAAAGUGUGGCCGCAGUCUCAUGGACGAGACUCACUUGGAGAAGCGUCAGGCUUGGUGCAAGUGCAGGAAGGAGGGUGACGAGUGGGUUUGCAGUGGCACAAAGUGCUAA